AUGGAGACUAGAAGCUCAAAGAAGGUGGGUACUAUUGGCAAGACGACAGAGAGCUCAAGAGAGCUAGCCCCGAGUGGCACUAGUGGUGCUACGGGUGGCCCCCAAGUGGGUAUCCAUGGCGCGGGUAGCGCCAGUGGUGUUAUAGGCGCUGGGAGUGAAGUGGGCAAUGGAGCAUGGUGUUGGGUCCUCGAUUGGAGAUGGCAGGAUAUGCCUCAAGAGAGUCAGGCGGUGUCUAUGGGGAUGGCCUAUGGGGCUAGCCUAGGUGGCGCCCAAGGGGCCGUGUCUCUUGUUGAUGGCGCCAAGGACUCAAGCAACGGAGUAGAGGAGUAG